AUGGCAGUUCGUCUUCACAGAACAGUGACCUGCCCGGCCCUCUUAUCGCAUCGGCACUUGUAUACUUCAAUUCGAUCAACAAUAUCCAUAACGAUAACACACCCACGCCAAAACCCAUUGACAUUCUCACGAUGUCGCCGCACAUAUACAAAAACAUCUGCCCGCUACUCUGAACCCCUCGCACCCCGAAUUGCCCGCGGCGAAUCCAAACUCUUCUCCUCUGCUGACGACGCAGUCGCUGACCUAAAAUCCGGCUCAACUAUUCUCUCAGCUGGCUUCGGAUUAUGCGGUGUAGCCGAAACACUGAUUCAAGCCAUUGCUCGCCGUGGUGCGCGGGACUUGCAUUCCCUCAUAGCCGUUUCUAACAACGCCGGUGUUGCCAAAGUAGGCGGAUUGGCUCUUUUGGCUGAUGCCGGACAGAUAUCGCGACUGAUUAUUUCAUUUUUGGGAAAUAAUAAGACACUAGAAAAAAACUAUUUGACGGGCAAGAUUGCGAUUGAGUUGUGUCCUCAGGGCACGAUCGCGGAGCGGAUUAGAGCGGGGGGUGCGGGCAUUCCUGCUUUUUAUACACCCACUGGUGUAUCAACGUUAUUGCAGGAAGGUCGGAUUCCGGUGCGAUUAAGCAGUGAUGGGGAGGUGUUGGAGCAUGGGAAGAAGAGGGAGGUUAGAGAAUUUAAGGGCCGGAAAUUUCUUAUGGAGGAGGCUAUUACGGGUGAUGUGGCUAUUUUGAGAGCUUGGAAGGCUGAUGAGGCUGGUAAUUGUGUGUUCAGAUACACAACCAAAGCGUUCGGCCCUAUUAUGGCCAAGGCAGCCACCUUAACCAUUGUCGAGUCUGAAGAAAUCGUCCCCGUUGGAUCAAUAGAUCCCAACGACGUCGAUCUACCAGGAAUAUUCGUUGAUCGAAUCGUUCCCGCAACAGCUGAAAAACACAUCGAAAUCAAAAAGCUACGAGAAAUGAAUAGUGGCACAUCCGCAACGAAAGAAACACCGGAAACGGUCCAGAGAAACCGAAUCGCGAAACGCGCUGCUAAGGAGCUCAAAGAGGGCUACUAUGUUAACCUAGGAGUUGGCAUUCCCACGCUUGCCACUUCAUUUCUGCCAGAGGGUCGUACUGUCUGGGUGCAGAGUGAGAACGGUAUAUUGGGUAUGGGCCCGUAUCCUACUAAGGACGAAGUGGAUCCAGAUAUUGUUAAUGCUGGUAAAGAGACCGUCACUCUUGUACCGGGUGCCUCGACAUUUGAUAGCCCCGAGUCAUUCGGGAUGAUCCGCGGCGGCCACGUCGAUGUCUCUAUCCUGGGGGCCCUCCAAGUCGCCGCCAAUGGUGAUCUGGCAAAUUAUAUGAUCCCUGGCAAAGUGUUCAAGGGUAUGGGUGGUGCAAUGGACCUAGUCUCCAAUCCGAACAACACCAAAAUCGUUGUUGCGACUAGCCAUGUCGCGAAAGACGGGUCGUCAAAGAUUGUCCAAAGAUGCGAUUUGCCGUUGACAGGGGCAAAGUGCGUUAGUACUAUAAUUACUGACUUGUGUGUGUUUGAAGUAGAUCGAGAAAACGGCGAGUUGGCGCUGACGGAGUUGGCGCCUGGUGUUGAUGUCGAUGAGAUUAGGGCUAAGACUGAUGCUGAGUUCAGAAUUGCGGACAAUCUGAAGAGCAUGGAGUGA